AUGGCCGGCCACGCGAUGGAGAUCCCGGAGAUUAUCCAAUCUGCGAGCAUCAAUAAGAAUCCCGAUCCUGCUCAUGACAUCAACCCAGCUACCGCAGCUUCAGAGAAGCAGCCCGUUGAAGUUGGCCCAGACUCCGAUGUUGACAGUAUCGCCUCCGAUAUCGUUGAUCCAAACCGAGUGAUUCGACCAGUCCGUCGUCGUCAGACUCUUCCUCCUCUCCCGGAUCUGCGUUUCGAGCAGAGCUAUCUGGCUAGCUUGAAGGAUGCCGACACCUGGGGACGGGUGGCGUGGAUCACCACCAGGGAUCAAGUCCUUCUCCCUCUAAUCCAAGGAACCGUCUGGACUCUCGCCCUUUCAGGCUGGCGCUUCUGGAACCGCAAUGCAUCACUUAGUGGCCACACCCUCGGCAGCCGAAUCCGCAGAUGGUGGUACGAAGUAAACAACUGGCAUCUACCGCAUAUGGGCACGGCCAGAAAUGAUCGACUGGCGUCAGAUGUUGAAAAUGAGUUUUUGCAGUUCUACACGGCUCAGUUCUCUAACGCGAGUUCUGACUGA